AUGAUCGCCCCACGCCAAUCCUCCAUUCGCCCAUUUAUUGCUUCCCUACUGGCAGUCUCGGUGAUAUCAUCCAAACUGCUCCAUCUCUUCCAGCAUGUCGCUUCUCUACCUCUCGGCCAGUUUCUCAUUUACUUUCCGACAUUUUUCAUCCUCGAGACUCUCCUGUGCAUAGGCGCGUGGGCUUUGCUGUUCAAGCUCACUGGCUUGAAAUCCAUUCUGGGCACUGUGGUGACAGUAACCAUAACAUCUCUGAGCUUCGUCUUGUCCGCGUCGCAGAUUGGAUUUUAUUUCGUGACUGGCAGUGAGAUCCGCUGGGAUGCAGCCACCACUGUGGGCAAUGACCCCGAAGGGAGAAAGUUAAUGCUCAGCGGACUGAGAUCAUUUCUAGGAGCCGCAAGCUUGCUUCUUGUGCUCUCAUGGUUCCUCAAAUACUGGACGUACAUUUUUAUAAGCCAUUGGAUGUCUGCGCUAUUUAGCUUACGAUCGACCGGAACGGCAGACGAAGAAGUGCCUCUGGCGAAGAUCCGAACAAAGUUGCGUGCAGAAAGACUCAUUCGGUUUUGGACGGCGGGCGCUGUAGUAACUAUUGGAGUUCUGCGUCUGGCUCGCCCUCAAGUCCCGUUCAAUCAUAUGUCGGGAGCUAUCCCGUUCAGCUUUUUCCAGGCGUUGGGGUCGCGGCCCGCUGAGCAGCAUCAGACUGGAGACCAAGCAUUUCCGCUCGCGAGCCUAGUUGACGAGCCAUACUGGGAAGGCCCUCAUGAUCACUUCAAGGGCUGGGCCCCGGGAAACCCAGAUCCGGACAUCGAAGGCGAUCGACCCGUAUGGGCAUCUGGAAAUCUGCCAGCAGGGUUCGAGCGCUGGAAUAAAACACAUAAUGGCAGAGAGAAGGACGGUAGCAUUCCUCGGAUUGGAAAUGGAACUUCCCAAAAGACCUUUUACAGCCCGAUCGACGACCCUCUGCGAAUCACCAACCUCGAGCAUGAAAUGCUUGAGCCAGUGGCUCAGGCACUGAAGGACCACAAAGUCCCCAUUACCCAUGUCGUGCUUGUGUUGAUGGAGAGUGCCCGGAAGGACAUAUUCCCUUUCAAGGCAGGUUCACAUUUACACGAGGAGAUCCUUUCGUCUUACAAGGCCCCACCCCCCGAAACACUUGAAAAUGUCAACGCCAAGCUGUCACAUUUGACACCAAUUGCAGAGAUGCUGACCGGUGAAGUGAGCGGAUUUCCGACUGACAUGAACAGUUCCGGCCUUCCCAUUGCUGCAUGGAACGAUCUCACGGAACCAGGAAUGGGUGGCAUCAAUGUGAACGGUAUCCUGACUGGCAGCAGUCUAUCUUUCAAAAGUGCGGUCAUGAAUUACUGUGGCGCAGGGCCACUACCAGUGAACUUCAUGGAUGAAGUCAAUUCUCAAUGCUAUCAGCCAUGUAUCAUGCAGAUCUUCGAGUUAUUCAAUCAACUCAAGGAAAACUCGACUAUAAAGAGUACUGGGGAUUACAAGUCUGAUGGGGGGCUUGAGCACAUUCAUGAUCGGAACUGGACCUCUGUAUUCAUGCAGUCCAUCACAGGACAGUAUGAUGACCAAGAUAAGCUUAAUGUGAAGAUGGGCUUCCAAAAUGCUAUCUAUCGCGAAGAUAUUAGCCCUGCAAGCUCUAAGCAUCACCACGAGGGUAUGGAGGAGAUCAAUUACUUUGGCUAUCCGGAGAAUGAGAUUUACCCGUACCUACGAGAUGUUGUCAACGAUACAAUCAAGAACAAUGAACGACUGUUCCUGUCUCAUUUCACCAGCACAACUCAUCACCCAUGGGGCACCCCUACCGCAUACCAAAGAGAGCAAUACUUUUCAAAAGACGGUAUUGUGGCGAAGCACGAGGACAUGAAUAAAUACCUCAACGCCGUCCGAUACGUAGAUACAUGGCUUGGAGAUAUGAUGAAGGUUCUCGACGAAGCCGGUAUUGCAAACGAAACAUUGGUUGUGUUCAUAGGAGACCAUGGCCAGGCAUUCUCCGAAGAUACCCCAGUCUCCGGAACAUAUGAGAACGGACAUAUAAGCAAUUUCCGCGUUCCACUCGUCUUCCGACACCCACUAUUGCCCAGGCUUCAAGUGACAGCCAAUGCAACAUCGAUGUCCGUUGUACCGACUAUUCUCGACCUACUGGUGAACUCGGGCUCGUUGAACGAGAUGGACUCCAGCGCAGCCCAAGACCUGAUGAACGAAUAUGAAGGGCAGUCUUUGAUACGCCCCUACCAAGCUACCCAUAAUGGCCGGCAAGCAUGGAAUUUUGGCAUCAUCAAUCCCGGUGGCACAAUGCUCAGCGUUGGCUCUGCAGCGGUCCCGUAUAGACUCAUAUUGCCGCUCAGUCAGGACUUUGAAUAUGUGUUCUCCGAUCUAGACACCGACCCAGACGAAUUGAAUCCAUUACGGGGGUGGUCGCUCGAGGAGCUGACCGGGCGUGUUCAAACAAAGCAUGGAGACAAAGCCGGAAAGUGGCUAUCCGACGCCGAGAAGGUGGGGAAGUGGUGGAUUAAAGAGCAAAAGAGGCUUUGGAAUUACCAAUAA